AUGAAACAAGAAAACAGGUACAUCUUGAUAGCAUCAUUAAACCUUUGUAUAUUCUCCUUCAUCCCACAACUAGAUAAAUGUUCUGCUUUAGUUGUUGAUCCACAUGAACAAGGGUUUCCUGUUGUACAUAUUGCUGAAAAUGAGUAUACAGUUGAAGAUAUUUCAUACCAAGAUCAUACUUUUCAGCUGAAAAAUUCAGUCUUUAAUGGAACUACAAGCAAUGGUUGUUUUUCUGAGAUCAAGAAUGUGUCACUCGAUGAUCACCCUUUUAAGUUUGUUAAUGAAUCGAGAAUCUACUUGUCGAAUUGUAAUGCAUCAAUACCCGAGCCUCUUCUGAAGCACAAGAUUGGUUUUGGUUGUGGUGAAGAAAAUGGAAACAAUUGGGGUGAUCUUGCAAUGUUUGCUGAGGAUGAAAGCUUUGAGUGUGCAUUACAAGUGUGCAAAAAUCAUGUAAUGGCACCAGUAGAAAUGCUCGGAAAUGAGGGAUAUAAUCUAGUUCUUGACUAUCAAUCGAUAAUGAGAAGGAGGUUUAGAUUGAUCUGGACCGCCAGUAACUGCACUGAGCGUGCAGAAAGCAGAGGACGUUGCGGAUUUGAUAUACCAAAUUAUGAAUUCUUUUGUUUCUGCACUGACAGGCCUCAUAUUGCAAGUUGCAAAAAACAAGAAUAA